CAUACGAUGAAAUAAUUUCAUAUGAACAUAUCUCAUAGUUCAGUUGGUUGAAAUAUCCAGAUGUGAUAUAUGGAUUUUUAAAGCAAUGAAAAAUAAGAGCUAUUUCGACUGUUUUAUGUUGAUUGGAACGGCAUUAUCGACAAAAACUGAACCAGGAUUACUAGAAACGACACAACCUUGGGUACACGAUGUUUUUACAACAAUUGUUAAUGUGUCAUUGAUUAUUGAAGAAUCUGUCGUUGAAGAUAAAAAUUUAGAUAUUGAAGUAGAUGGACUUCUAAACCAAAGAUGGGUCGAUCCUAGACUGGGAGCUAAUGAACUCACCAGAAAAUGGGCUGUUGCUGGUCAGGUUUGGGAACCCAAAAUAACCACUUUCAAUGGGGAGAAGAUAUUUGAGGAGACAGUAUUUUGGCGAGGAUUUGGAGAAGAAGGCAAUGUUCUUUUGUCCAAGAAAAUUAAGAUUAAAAUUAAAUGUACCAGGGAACUUCAAUUAUUUCCAUUCGACACUCAAUAUUGCACAUUGAAAUUGGGAUCAU